AAAAAACGACACCCCAUCAAAAAGUUCACCCUGGGCUGAGAAAGAGAGAGAAAGGGCGAUGAGAGAGUCCGCCGUUCACCUUAUAAUUAGGACACCCACCCGCACUGUUUUCCCUUUUUUUUUCUUCCUCAUCACUUUAGAGAGAGAAACCCAAACCUUUUCAUUUUAAGAUUUUUAGAGAGAGAAUUCCUCACAUACACAAUCAUUCUCACAGAUCUAUCUAUAUCUUCGUUUUCAGAUAUUUUCGCCUUUUUUCUGAUCUAUUCUUUCAAAAAUACAAAUUAGGGUUUCUUCGUUUUCCUCCUUUUUAAGGUUUAUCUUGGUAUUGAAAGUCAAUUUGUAUGAUGAGAACUUCAUGGGCGGAUUCCGUGGCGGCAGCCGAGAAUGAAAAUGGAGGUACCGGUGGUACUGCUAGGCCGACGAAGGCUACCUAUGUACCGCCACAUCUUCGUAACAGGCCGCCAUCGGCAGACUCGUCUGCUGCCCCGCCACAAGCUGCACCACCUCAGGUUAAUGAUAGGCCUGUCUUAGCUGGGCCGCCUGGUGGACGUUGGGCAGGUGGGAGACCCGACUUUGUUCGUGGAGGCGGUGGCGGUGGAGGAGGUGGUUAUGGUGGUGGUCGAGGAGGUGGAGCUGGAUGGAAUAACCGGGGUGGAGGUUGGGACCGUAGGGAGCGCGAAGUUAAUCCUUUUGCUAAUGAUGUUGACGAUGAACCGGAGCAGGUGUUUGGUGAGCCGGAGAAUACCGGCAUCAACUUUGAUGCUUAUGAGGAUAUCCCUGUGGAAACUAGUGGGGAUAAUGUGCCACCCCCUGUAAAUACAUUUGCAGACAUAGACCUUGGAAAUGAGCUUAAUGCAAACAUUAGAAGAUGCAAAUAUAUUAAGCCUACCCCGGUUCAACGCCAUGCUAUUCCAAUUUCCCUUGCUGGACGGGAUUUGAUGGCAUGUGCUCAGACUGGUUCGGGAAAAACUGCAGCUUUCUGCUUUCCUAUCAUUAGUGGUAUAAUGAAGAGUCAGCAGACAGCUCCGAAACCUCGUGGAUUUCGUACUGUCUUUCCACUUGCUCUUAUUCUAUCUCCAACUAGGGAGUUGUCAGUGCAGAUAAAUGAGGAAGCUAAGAAAUUUGCAUACCAAACUGGUGUCAGGGUGGUGGUAGCAUAUGGAGGAGCACCAAUCAGCCAACAGUUGCGAGAGCUUGAAAGAGGAGUUGAUAUUCUUGUUGCUACCCCUGGAAGACUGGUAGAUUUACUAGAGAGGGCUAGAGUGUCACUUGAAAUGAUUAAAUACCUGGCACUUGAUGAGGCUGAUAGAAUGCUCGAUAUGGGAUUUGAGCCCCAAAUUAGAAAGAUAGUUGAACAGACAGAUAUGCCACCCCGAGGUGUUAGACAGACUAUGCUGUUCAGUGCAACUUUCCCAAAGGAAAUACAGAGGCUGGCAUCUGACUUUCUGUCUAAUUACAUUUUCCUGGCUGUUGGAAGGGUGGGGUCAAGUACUGAUUUGAUUGUUCAGAGGGUUGAGUUUGUGCAUGAGUCUGAUAAGAGGAGCCAUUUGAUGGAUCUUAUUCACGCACAGAGAGCUAAUGGAGUACAGGGGAAGCAAGCAUUGACCCUUGUUUUUGUGGAGACUAAGAAAGGUGCUGAUGCAUUGGAGCAUUGGUUGGGUAUUAAUGGCUUCCCAGCAACUAGUAUCCAUGGUGAUCGAACACAGCAGGAAAGAGAACUUGCAUUAAGGUCAUUUAAAAGUGGAAAUACUCCUAUUCUGGUCGCAACUGAUGUGGCUGCUCGAGGUCUUGAUAUUCCUCAUGUUGCACAUGUGAUCAACUUUGAUCUCCCAAAUGACAUCGAUGAUUACGUCCAUCGGAUUGGACGAACAGGACGAGCUGGGAAAAGUGGAUUGGCUACAGCUUUUUUCAAUGAAAAUAAUCAGUCGCUAGCUAGACCGCUUGCUGAGCUGAUGCAAGAAGCAAACCAGGAAGUUCCUGAUUGGUUGGUUCGUUAUGCAUCACGUGCAUCCUAUGGUGGAGGCAGAAACAGGCGAGCUGGGGGUGGUCGCUUUGGAGGUCGUGACUUUAGGAGGGAUGGUGGCGGCUUCAACAGAGGUGGUGGAGGCUCUGAUUACUAUGGUGGGAGCAACAGUGGCGGGAGUCACUAUGGCGGUGGCGGCGGUGGUGGAGGUGGCUAUAAUCCUGGUGCAUCUAGUGCCUGGGAUUAACCUUGCUAGCUGUAUCAAUGUUGAAUUCUCUCACCUCCUGGUAUAUACGCAUGAUUUUGUGGUAAUUUGUUCUUGUGUUCGCUCAAAGUGCUGGAAUUGAAAUUUUUAUAGGCUUGGGGCGUCAAGCAACGCGGGUUUGUAGAACCCCAUAUUUAGUCUGUCAGAGUUAGAUGUGUGAUAUUCACUAGGGAUUGUUAUACACUAACAUCUUAGGCUAUUGCUGGUUUAUGCCAUCAAGCUUAGGGCUUUCCUUCCAUUUCUUGUAAUGUUCUUGCUAGGGCUCUCUUGGGGUUGGAUAUAUUGGGGAGGUGAAAAUAUGAGGAAAGUACUGCUUUUUUGCCGUUGGUUCUCAAUUGGGCACUAUUUACUUCAGCUUCGUGACCCUCUUUUUUCUUUUCUUGUUAGUUUCAGUAUGAAAAAUUACUACUACACUAUUGUAUAAAUUCUAGCAGGAAAUAAAUUCUCAACGUUUUUCUGCAGAA